UCUUGUAUCCCUAUUUCGACCUUCACUGCUCCUUCUGUGGGGUAUUUCAAUGGAGUUGGCCGGAAAUUAAGGUCGUAGGUCGUUGCCCAAUUUUCCCCUUGAGACCAUAAGAAGAGAGGUAAGUCUAAGAAGAGAGUGUGCUAUAAUUGUGGUAAUUCUAGUCACUUCAUUAAGGAUUGUCCCCAUCCGAAGAAGUCUGAACAUGCUAAUGUGGUAGAUGAUAAUAACUUGCAUGAAGAAGUUUUUAUGAUUUGCGAUUCUGCCAAUUCUGUGUUGAGUAGCAUGACUGAAAAUGAGUGGUUGAUUGACUCUGGUUGUACUUAUCAUAUGACACCUUUUAGAUCCCUGUUUUCUUCUUAUGAUUCUUGCAAUGAUGGUUUUGUGUCUCUUGCUGAUAAUAAGAAAUGCAAAAUUCAUGGGGUGGGUGAUGUAUGCUUGAUGUUUAAUAAUGAGACUGUGUUUACUAUGAAAAAUGUGAGGCAUGUUCCUGAUUUGCGUCAUAACUUGUUUUUUGUUGCUGCUUUUGAGGGUAGUGGGUUAGAGGGUAAAUGGGGUAAUGGGUGCAUGAACGUUUUGAAAAAUUCCCUUGUUUUGUUUAUGGCAAAAAAGAUGAAUCACUUGUAUAUGUGCCAUGCUCAGCCUUUCUGUGAUUCUGCUCAUGUUGUUAGUUCUGAUAAAUCUGCUUUGUGGCAUAAUAGAUUAGGACACAUGAGUAAUAGGGGUUUAGAGAUUUUGCAUAAAUCUGGUUGUUUUGGUAAGGAUUCUGUGUCCCCCGUCCCCUUCUGUGAAUCUUGUGUGUUAGGCAAGCAACAUAAGGUUACAUUCCCCUCCUCCCCAUAUCCUAAUCCCACUAAGUGUACCUCUGUGUUAGAGUAUGUUCAUGCUGAUUUGUGGGGUCCUGCUAGUGUCUCUACCCACGGGGGUAAAAGAUAUUUUCUGUCCAUCAUUGAUGAUUUUUCUAGGAAGCUGUGGGUCCGUCUCCUUGAGCAUAAGUCCGAUGUCUGUGAAGUUUAGGGAGUGCAAAAACCUUGUAGAAAAUCAAACUUGUAAGAAGGUCAAAACUCUUAGAACUGAUAAUGGUCUAGAGUUUUGCAAUACGGAUAUGGACCAACUGUGUGUUGAUUGUGGGAUUAGAAGGCACAAAACUGUGCCCUAUACUCCCCAACAAAAUGGGAUAGCCGAGAGGAUGAAUAGGACUGUUCCAGAUAAGGUUAGGAGUAUGCUUGCUACCGCUGGUUUGUCUAAAAAGUGUUGGGGUGAAGCAGUCAAUACUGUUGUCUACUUGAUUAACCGGUCUCCUUCUGUUCCCUUGGGUAGGAAGUGCCCUGAAUCUGUUUUUUCAAACAAACCCCUUGAUUUGUCUAAUCUUAGAGUGUUUGGGUGUGCAGCGUAUGUGCACCAACAAGGUGACAAGUUGGAUCCUAGGUCUAAGAAAGGAGUCUUCCUAGGUUAUCCCGAGGGUGUGAAGGGGUACAGGGUUUGGGAUAGGAACCAGGUAGGUUUCAAAGUUGUGGUAAGUAGAAACGUUGUUUUCAAUGAAUCCGAGUUUCCUUGUCUGGUUAAGUCAGUUCCUGAUUCUGAGUCUGAUCCUAGUAGUACACCCGUUGAGGUGGAGUCCAUAUCACGUGCUGCUAGCCCUUUGUUUGCUAAUCAUGAUAAUGUUGUUUUGCAUGAUUCCGAUUAUUCUAAAUUGCAUGAUUCUGAUUCUUCUGAGCAUGAUACUACCACCACUUCGUGUGAGGUGGAGCAUUCUCAUGUGCAUUCAAAUGACAAUGAAUCGCAUGAUGAGAGUGCGGAUUCUAGUGAGAAUGAUUUGCAUGAUUAUCAACAUGCUAGAUAUAGAAGUAAGAGAAUAAUUAGGAGAACUGUUGAUAGUAUGCCUGACUAUGCUUUCCAUAUGUGUGAUACUUCUAUGUUUGCUUUCUCUGUGUUUGAGACCCUUGAGCUUAACGAACCUAGAACCUAUAGAGAGACCCUUAAGUCUAAUGAGUCCGCUAAAUGGCUUUGCGCCAUGGAAAGUGAGAUGGAGUCACUUAGAGCGAAUAAGACUUGGACGUUAGUUCCUAGACCGCCCAAUAGUUCCGUUGUUGCCUGUAAGUGGCUAUUUAAGGUUAAGGAAGAGCCUAACGAUAUUAGAUACUCCCUUCGUCCCCUUAAGUUUGUCCCGUUUUACCUUUAUCGUCCGUCCCACUAAGUUUGUCUCAUACCAUAUUUGGUAACAUUUGAGUGGUUAGAAUUCAUUCUUACUUUAUUUACACUUUAUCAAUUCAAUACCAACCACACAAUUCCACUUUUUCUUAAAAACCACACCACACCCCUCCGUCCCAAACUUAGGGGGACGGAGGGAGUAUAAGGUUAGGUUAGUAGCUAAGGGAUUUACUCAAAAGGAAGGUGUUGAUUGUGCUGAAAUCUUUGCUCCUGUAGUUAAAUUUACUACGAUUCGUAUGAUGCUUGCUCUUGUUGCUCAUAAUGAUUGGGAAAUGAAGCAAAUGGACGUCACCACUGCGUUCUUGCAUGGUGAUUUAGACAAGAAAAUCUAUAUGUCCCAGCCUGAGGGCUUUGUGGAUCCCAUGAAGAGUGAUCAUGUGUGUUUGCUUAGGAAGGCCUUGUACGGCCUGAAGCAGUCCCCGAGGCAGUGGAAUAUCAAAUUUGACCAGUGCAUGUCAUCUUUGAAAUUUCACAAGUCCGAAUGCGACCAUUGCCUAUACUUUAAAAAUACUUCUUCUGUGCCUGUAUUUUUAUUGCUAUAUGUGGAUGACAUGUUGAUUGUUAGUCCUUCGGGUGACGCCAUUAAAUGUGUGCAAAAGCGUCUCAGUGAGAACUUUGCUAUGAAAGACCUAGGUGAUGCCAAAAGGAUCCUAGGCAUUAACAUUGUUAAGGAUAGGAGUAAGCGUGUGUCAGUUCUCAAUCAGAUUUCAUACAUUGAAAAGAUUUUGAGUAAAUAUAACAUGCAUUCCGCUACUCCCGUUUCCAUCCCGAUGGCGUCUCACUUUGUGUUAAGUAAGGAUCAGUCUCCUAAGACUGCUCCUGAAAUUGCUAAAAUGAAAUUUGUGCCUUAUUCCAAUGCUAUUGGGUCCGUGAUGUAUCUCAUGGUGAGUACUAGACCCGACAUUGCCAAUGCUGUUAGUUGCUUGAGUAGGUUUAGAUCAUUGGAAUGCUCUUAAGUGGUUGCUUAGGUACUUGAAAUCUUCUGUUAAUCAUGGGUUGGUUUUCACUAGGUGUUUUGAGGGGGUUAAGUUGAGUGGGUAUGUGGAUUCGAAUUUUGCUAAUGAUAGAGACAAUAGGAAAUCCACUACCUCUUAUGUGUUUACCCUUUGCGGGUCGUGCAUUAGUUGGAAGUCUCAACUUCAACCCAUUGUUGCCCUUUCCACCACUGAGUCUGAGUAUGUGGCCGCUACCGAAGCGUUUAAGGAAGCCAUUUGGCUUAAACGUCUCCUAACGGAGAUUGGUAGUCUUAAGCAGGAUAUUUGUGUGUUUUCUGAUAGUCAAUCUGCUAUUCAAUUGUGUAAAAUCCUGUUUUUCAUGAUAGAACUAAGCACAUUGAUGUUAGAUUUCAUUUUAUACGUGAUAUUGUUAGUGCAGGUCAUAUCAAGUUGAUUAAAAUUCCAUCAGAAUUUAAUCCUGCUAACAUGGGGACUAAAUGUCUCUCUGUCGAAAAGUUGCUGUCGUGCAAACGCACGUUAAACAUUGAUUGCGGAUAAGUUGCCUGGUGAUCUUACCCCGUUUGCCUGAAUAUGUCUUUGUGAUUAUUCGGGCAAUCCAGCGAUGAUGAGUCUCAAAUUGUUUUAGAGUUCUUUAUAACUCCAUGCCACUAGGUCCAAUAAGGUGGAGAAUUUGUUGGUAUUGGCCCACUUAAUUAUUCAUAAGCCCAAUCCAUUGAAUUGUUAUACCCGACCCCUUGUUUUUCCAUCCGUUCACUACAAGAAAUCUCACAUUUUAUGACAAAAAUUUGUGUGACAAACAAAAAGUUGUCACAUUAUAUUGAGUAAUAGUGACAAAACUCAAGUUCGUCACAAUAAAAUGAUUUGUUAUGACAAUGUUAGUGUCUGUCAUUUUAACUCAUAUAUUUCGUCACUAAUUGAUUUUUUGCUAUGACAAUUAUAUCGAAUUCGUCACUUUAAUUUUUUGCGCCAAAAUUUUACGUCAAAAUUUCGGAGGGAAUUUUUUUAUGACAAUUCUGAAACAAUUAAUGACGAUAACUUGUGUCACAUAAUUUUUAAUUGUUAUGACAAAAUAACAUUUUGUCACUAAUUUCUUUUUAUAAGUAAUGACAAUAUUGUUUUGUCACUUAUGCUGCUUUCGAUGACGAUAAAUAUAAAUGUGUCAUAGUUUAGUUUUAAACAAAUAUUUUCGAACAAAAGUGAGAGCAAAACAUAUAGAGGGAAACUUAAUACAAAUGAAAAAUGACAUUGUAACCUUCCAAAAUCCUUCAAGUGCUUAAUUUUUAAGUUCCCUCAAAUUCGGGGAUUUUGAAAGAUAAAUAAUUAAAGGGAAAACUGUCAAAUAGGUCCUCAAACUUUCAUAAAAAAGUCAAUUAAGUCUUUCUAUAGGAGACUCUGUCCGGUCGUCGCGAUUUGGGGCGGUUCCUGGUGGAAUUUUUUGUUGAAAUUUUUUUGAGCAUCUUAUUCAUCAAGUCUAGUUUACUCAUACCGAAUUUCAACUAAAAAUGUAAUCGAGGGCGCAUUCAAAUUAAUUCGAGAACGCAAACAUGCGCAGUUAUCUUCAAGAAUUAAUUUGAAUGUGUUCCCGAUUGAAUUUUUAGCUGAAAUUUGGUAUGAGUAAACUAGACUUGAUGAAUAAGAUGCUCAAAAAAAUUCAUCAAAAAAUUCCACCGGGAACUGCCGCAAAUCGCGACGGCCGGACAGAACCUCCUAUAGAAGGACUUAAUUGACUUUUUUAUAAAAGUUCGAGGACCUAUUUGACAGUUUUCCCAUAAUUAAAUAAUAACUUUAGCUCGAUUUUAAAUAAAUAUAAAUCCAAUUAGUUGAAUUUGUCAUAUAUGUGAUGUGAUUUUAAUUAGAACUCAUGCAUAACUAAUAUCUUUUCAAAUUUAUUACUCUCAAACAAGAAUGAGAGUUUCCUUCCCCUUCCUUUACAAUAACUACACUUCAAAACUUUCUCAUUCCUCUUGGUUUCAAACUCCCAAACAUACCCUUAUACUCCAAAUAUUACUCCAUAUUAAUUUAUUUUUAACUCCCAAACAUACCCUUAGUCCAAAUAUUACUCCAUAUUAAUUUAUUUUUACACUCUUAAACACAUUUUCGCUUCUUAAAAAAACAUUUUCCGCUUUGGAGAAGGGAGAAGAAAGCAGCCGCAUCCCUUUUCUUUACCCUAGAGCCGUGCCGCCAGGUUCGUAGUUGAAUGACGAUGACUCCUAGGACGGACAAAUUUCCUUUGCGGGUCGGUGCCGCCGUACUACUUCAUCAGUCGCGAGGCAGAGCUUGAUCUCAGGCUGUAGAAACCCAGUUCGGAACCUUAAAUCAUCAGGCCAGUGCUCACAAAUUAGAUGCAAGCAGCAAUCAAGUCGGCCAUGAAACUUCUGGGACUGCAACACAGGUCGGCGGAGGUGCUCCACCAAACCUCCAGGGCAGCGAUGGUAUUAAUUUGACAUCGUCGAUGCUUCUUGCGCUAGGCCAGAAACUUCUAAGACCGCAGACCUCUUCUUUGGAGAACAUGGUGUCGAUCUUUCACGAAUUCGGCGGUACAGGCAGAAGAUAGGUGACCCGGACUGUUGGUACUGCGCUCCUCUAGCAAUCAGACUGCAAUGUGAACCUAAAUACAAGUCAUGUACCCUGUUAGCAAGAGACUAAAUGGGACUGAACCAAUGGAAACCAGAGGUUGCCCCUGCCCCAAAUGAAGCCUAGGCCAUCUUUGCCUUCUCCAUAGUUUAAAGUCAGUUUAGGUUCAAAUACUUAGAAGAAGAUGCAAAAGCAGUUUUGGUUCAAAUUUUAAGCAUUGUAUCUUAUUCUCAUCUUCAAGGACUUUUAGACCCGUUUGGCAGCCAUAUGCAGUAAAAUGACCUUUAUGGAUUACAAGAGCAGUCCUAAAAAAGUUACAAGUUACUAGAGGAAGAGGGGAAAGUGUGCACAAGUUGAUGGAUUAUCAAGUCGAAGAUAAUGAAGAAGAGGCGUUAAAGCUGAGAAGUCAAUUACCUCAUCAAGUUUCAAAGUGAAGAAAACCAUAGCAUUUAUGAGUACUAAAUGAAGGGAUUUGUAAUCUCUACUUUUAGCUUAAUCACGUUCUAGUAUAAUUAUAAGUUAUUUAGCUAGCCAUUUGUUUUAGUCAUCUACUAUUUUAUAUAUCCGCACAGGAAUGUUAAAUUUUUAAUUAAGUUGUUUAGUUUUCACAUAAAGUACAAUUUUUUAGCAUUGAAUUUAUUACUUUGUUGGUACUCCGUAAGUCCGUAUUACAUUUCGGCAAUAAAACUCUCUCAAAU